GAGCUAAACUAGAACACGACUGGGACGCCGCUACAAAUAACAGAGGACUGCAGCACGAGCGAGUCAAGGAACACUAACUCCUCUCAACAGCACAGCCAGAGUACAGACUUACUACUUCGGAUUUGUACAAAAACUACUCUUCUGCCAAAAGAGACUCAAAGGCUCCUGUUGCCAGCUUUAAGAGGCUCACAGUUUCCUCGUAAUCACCCGAGCUGCACACUGCACGGUUUUCCCGGCAGCUCAAGGUCCGCGCGUAGAGCCAUGGUAACCCACAGCAAGUUCGACAACGCAAUGAGCAGCAGCCUGUUUGACGCCAACAUGCGGCUGCCGUCUCACCGUUACAAAACCUUCAGCUCAAAGCUACAGUACCAGAUGGUGCAGCACGCCAUCAGGAUGCUCCAGGAGAGCGGCUUCUACUGGGGCUCCAUCAGCGGCAAAGAGGCCAACCACUUGUUGAACUCGGAGCCUAGCGGGACCUUUCUGGUCCGAGACAGCUCAGACAACCGGCACUUCUUCACGCUCAGCGUCAAGACCGAGUCGGGCACCAAGAACCUGCGGGUGCAGUGCGACAACAAGUCUUUCUUCCUUCAGACGGACUCCAAGAGCUUGCACUCCGUGCCCCGCUUCGACUGCAUGCUGAAGCUCGUCCACCACUACAUGCCCUCUUCCAGAAGCCCUCUGUCCAUCGGGAACUCUAGGAAUGCUUACUACAUCUACACAGGGGGCGAGAAGAUCCCCCUGGAGCUGUUGAGACCCCUUCCUUGCACAAUGUCCUCCUUACAGCACCUAUGCAGGAAGACCGUCAAUGGACAUAUAGACGUUUCAAGCAAAAGAGAGCAGCUGCCUCAACAGCUGAAAGACUUCUUACAAGAGUAUGACGCUCCUAUUUAAAGAGGAUAUAGCUUGAUGGGCUUUAAAGUUCACACGCUUUUUUGGAGCUUGUUGCACCAAGAAGUAUUGAGCUGUUCAUGAGUACAUGGAGUUAGCCGUGUGUGGUCAUGAGUAGCAUCACUGAUGCAUUCUUAUGUGACUGAAAUUGAAGCACCGUUCUUGCCGUAACAGUCUCAGUGAAUGGAGGGUCUGUGCUGUUUUCUGUACCAGUGCCAGUAUCGUAACCCACUCUGUGGGAACCAAUCACUGCCUCUGUACUGCCCCGAAUCUGUGAGCGCCGCCAAGCAGAGAGACAGCAAGCCAUUUAACAGAAAUCAGCCGCCGCCUUCUUCCAAGUAAAUAUUUGUGCCUUUCACGGGAAGAAGGAAGAAGUGAGUAACAGCAUUGUGAAAUGUCGUUGAGAAAUGCCUUCUGGAGUCCUCAGUCACGCCAAGGACUGGACACAGAUUACAGUGGACACAUGUGGACAUUCUGCUUGUACUUGAAAAAGAGACACUUUGGAACAAAAUGUCUGUGUUUUUUAGAUGUGUUUGGUGGUUCGCAGAUUAAACCAGACUGCUUGUUAUUGAAUGUAUUAACACACAUGUGUGUUUGGUGUCUACAGAUCACCCAUGUUUCACCUUGUCACACAUGACACUGUUUACAUUUAUGAAGAUACAUUUAGAUUUUGUAAAGACAUCUCAGCCAUGUUUUGAUGUUACAUAUUUAUAUUUAUAUACAUAUAUGCACAAAAAGACAUUUCAAUAAUUUAUUAAAGAGCACUAUUUUUGUAAAAACGAA